UAUUAUCACGUCAAUUAGAUUAAACCAAAUUAUAAGGCUCUAGCAAAGAGACAGUUGCCAGAAAUGCCGUUAAUGGAUUCAAGCCUGCUCCGAAACUCAACCCCAUUUACACUUGGACCCCUACCCAACCUCCUGAAUAAAACCCAGAAAUGCCGCCACUCUCUCUCUUCAUUCUCCCUCCCAACAAAUUCUCGCAAACACCUCUUCAUGCGGAGAAGUGGCAGUAGCAGCGGACCCCGAAACGACGUCACUUUCGACGAGGCGGCUUACGAAGCCGAGCGGCUCAGCCUUGACGCCAAGGCUCGAGAAGAAAUGGCUGAGACUUCGAAGAUUGAGACCCAGCAAAGUGGGGUUGCCGAAGACCCGAAAGCUUGGAAAUGGGUGAUCCGGAAGAGAAUUUGGGACAUGAUGGAGGCCCGGAACAUAGCCCAGAAUCCGCGCCCUGUUCACCAUCGCAUCCCAAACUUCGUUGGCGCUGCAGCUGCUGCGGAUAAAUUGGGUGGGUUGGAAGUGUUUCGGGUCGGGAAUUGCGUGAAGGUUAAUCCAGAUUCACCUCAGAAGCAAGUCAGGUUUCUCACACUCUCUGGUGAGAAGAAGUUGUUAACUCCGCAACCCCGUUUAAGGACUGGGUUUUUCUCCAUUCUUGAAUCCCAUAUGUUGACUCCUAGUACAAUCAAAGAGGCUUGCACCUCUGUUGGGGUCGCCAAGUAUGGGCGGGCGAUUGGAUUAGACGAGAAAAUCAAGGUUGAUCUUAUUGUCAUCGGCUCAGUUGCUGUUGAUCCAAGGACAGGCGCUCGACUUGGCAAGGGUGAGGGAUUUGCAGAACUUGAAUAUGGGAUGCUGCGAUUCAUGGGAGCCAUUGAUGACUCAACACCAGUUGUCACUACGGUGCAUGACAGUCAAUUGGUAGAUGAUAUUCCGAUUGAGAAGUUGUUAGUCCAUGAUGUACCAGUGGACAUCAUAUGCACUCCAACCCAGGUCAUAUUUACCAACACAUCAAUUCCAAAGCCUCAAGGGAUUUACUGGGACAAAUUGUCCCCUGAGAAGCUCGGGCAAAUUAGAAUACUUAGAGAGCUCAAGAGAAGGAUUGAGAAGGAGACUGGACAAAAGCUUCCAUGUGGUCCAUCUGAGAAACUGCCUCCAACAGCUAGACGAGGGAGAUAACUGAUUUGUUCUUCAAAGAAAAUUAAAUGGUGCAACAAGAAAGAAGAAGGAACAGAAAAAUUCAAUGUAUAGACCAUUUCUGUUCUGCACUAAUAAAUGUUCAUUCCUUUCUUUUUACAUGUAUAACGAAUUGCACAGACGAAAGGGAAAAAAAAAUGUAGCUACAUAAUCCAUGACUCGCUUUCUUGCAGCUUGCUUGGUACUGUUGUCGGGAAAGGUUACAACGAUUAUGAAUGCUUGUGUGAGAGGGUAGAGGAGUGUGAUACAUGAUAUUUGAAGUGCCAAAA